AUGCAAUACGAACGCACGCGCGAAUCUCGGUUCCCCCAGGAACUGAUAGAGGAGCUUCAAGAAGCUCAAGCAGAUGCUGUUGAAGAAACUGUGCAUUCACAGGACAACGAGCCUCAUGUUUUCGUUCUCGUCCACGAGAAGCAGAGGCAGCGUGAUGAAUCAGAAUUCAUAAUCGAAGGCGUCUUCUCCAUACUUUCCUCGGCCAAUGAUCAGACGAUGAAUAUAUUCAAGACACAAUAUCCUGACUAUCCCCGGUCCUGUUUCUAUGCGCAGGGUACUUGGCAGUUGAUUGGAGAGAACUCGGUCGGCUGGUACGUCUCUAGGAAUGGAACAUUGUCAUUGGAGAUCCAUGAUCAUCGGGGGAAUACUCAUCGAAUUUAUGCCGAGAAGCAUUACAUUGAGUGA